UUCUCUCUCUCCCUCCCUCCCUCUCUCUGUCUCUCUCUCCCUCUCUCUCUUCCUUUCCCUCCUUCCCUCCCUCCCGGGCUUAAAAUGGUGUCCAAACUCAGCGCUUUGCAACACGAGCUCCUCAACGCUCUGCUCACCUCCGGAGUCACCAAAGAGGUCCUGAUCCAAGCGCUGGAGGAAUUGAUGCCUUCGCCCAGCAGCACCGACGCUCCGGCGGUCGCGGGUGGUGGCUACGGGGUGAAACUGGAAAACUUGCAGCUGUCGCCCAACAGCGGAGGCGGAGGGACGGAGGCCGACAGCAAGCCCAUCUUCCACACCCUGACCAACGGGCACAGCAAAGGCAGGCUGUCGGGGGACGAGGGGUCGGACGACGGGGACGACUUCGACACCCCGCAGAUCCUCAGGGAGUUGCAGGCGCUCAACACCGAGGAGGCGGUGGAGCAGAGGGCCGAAGUGGAGAGGAUGAUCAGCGAAGACCCUUGGCGAGCAGCGAAGAUGAUCAAAGGCUACAUGCAGCAGCACAACAUCCCCCAAAGGGAGGUGGUGGAUGUCACGGGACUAAAUCAGUCGCACCUUUCUCAACAUCUCAACAAGGGGACCCCGAUGAAAACGCAGAAGCGGGCAGCGCUCUAUACGUGGUAUGUCCGGAAACAGAGAGAGAUCCUCCGGCGUAAGGCAGAAUGCCUCCAGCGGGGUGUGUCGCCCUCUAAAGCACAUGGCUUGGGUUCAAAUCUGGUCACGGAAGUCCGCGUCUACAACUGGUUUGCAAACCGGAGGAAAGAAGAAGCUUUUCGGCAAAAACUCGCCAUGGAUGCCUACAGCACGGGUCAGCCUCACACCAUGAACCUCUUGCUGUCCCAUGGGUCACCUCACCACACUCAACCCAGCUCAUCUCCGCCCAGCAAAAUGCCAGGGGUCCGCUACAGUCAUCCAGGUGGCAAUGAAGUCACCUCUUCAACUUCCAUCAGCCAUCACGGUAACAACUCGAUGGUGACCACCAGCCAGUCCAUUCUCCAGCCAGUAUCUCCAGCCACUUUGGACCCAGGUCACAGCCACAGCUUGCUGUCCCCAGAUGGUAAAAUGAUUACAGUUUCUGGCGGUGGGCUCCCCCCAGUCAGUACCCUCACCAAUAUCCACAGCUUUUCCCAUCACACCCCACAACAAUCCCAGAACCUCAUUAUGACACCUUUAUCAGGAGUCAUGGCUAUCACACAAAGCCUAAACAGUUCGCAGGCCCAGAGCGUCCCCGUUAUCAACAGCGUCGCCCUACAACCGGUCCAGUUCUCCCAACAGCUGCACAGCCCACACCAGCAGUCAAUCAUGCAGCAGUCGGCCAAUCCGAUGGCUCAACAGCCGUUCAUGGCGGCGGUGACACAGCUGCAGAAUUCACACAUGUACGCUCACAAGCAAGAACCUCCUCAGUAUUCCCACACAUCACGGUUUCCUUCAGCGAUGGUGGUCACGGAUACCAGCAGCCUCAGUUCACUAACCAAUAUGUCUUCCAAUAAACAGUGUCCGUUACAAGCCUGGUGAUACUCCGUCCCAUUCCCUGUGCCUUUAGCAACUGGAAAUUAUUUUUCCACAACAUCCUGCCUGGCCACCAUGAGAUCUGGCGGAAGGCUGCAUCAAAGGCCGAGUAGCUUGCUUAGCUCGAUCCCAAAGAGAUCCCAGGCUCAGCCUGGAAAGAAGAUUAGAAGUUUCUGUGCUGCUGCUGUUGUAGCUCUCUUCGAGGGAUCCGGAACGGUGUCAGCCGGACGAAGCGUUUCCCGUGGUGUUUCCCAAGACGUAUCGCUUCAAAAUAUGCCGAAAUAUUUUCCUUUUGGGGGGGCAUUGUUUGUUUCUUACCAACAC